GCUGCAACGCAAAACAAAUGGAAGAAGUUAAUUUCGAGCGUGGUGGCAAUUUGCCUGUAAAAAAGACUAGAAAAAGAGAAAAUGAAUUUGGAGCGAAAAAUGUUGAAAAGGAAAAACAUAAACAAACUUCAAAACGAGAUCGUAUUAAGGAAGCGAAAGCUAUCGCUUCAGAAAAUAGUAAAAGUCAAGAAGUUUAUUCAGCUAAACAAUUAACAUUACAUUCACUUGUUCCUGACAUGAAUGUCAUGGGGAUUGUCAAAGCGGCUUAUCCAACUUAUCUCAGUAUAGCAUUGCCAGGAAGACUUGUCGGUAAAGUUCCAAUUACCAACAUUUCUAAAUCGUAUUCCAAUCAUCUUCGAACAUUUCUUGAUAAUCCAGAUUUAUUGACGAAACCAAAAACAUUAAAGGAAAUGUUCACACCUGGACAAAUCCUGUACACUAAAGUGAUGGAUAAAUGUCAUGGCGAGAAGGAAGAAAUUCUUCUUUCACUUAUUCCUGAAGAUAUCAAUUCAGAACCUUCGAAUGGAGCGUGGGGAGAAGGAAACAUUCUUCUUUGUGCAGUUGAAGAAGAGGAAGAUCAUGGAUACAUUAUGGAGAGUGGUGUUAAAGGUUUCAAAGCCUUCCUGCCGAAAAAGAACGUCAAGGAAGCUCCAACAAUCGGUGAAGUUUUGUUCUGCAAAAUUAAGAAAAUCUCCCAAAGUGCAGUGACAUUGUCAGCUUUUAAACACAAUGAAAUGCUGAAGAUUGACACAGCUGAUGUUCCAAAUUUGAAGACACUAUUGCCAGGAUGUGUAAUUAAUUUUAGCAUUGUUCGAACACUUAAAGAUGGACUUGAAGGAUUAAUUUUCGAUGGAUCGAUCUCAGCAUAUGUUAAUGAAAUUUAUUUGCCAUCAAAGAUAUCGAUAAAUGAUAAUGAAAUCAUUGGAAAAAAAUUCAAAGCGAGAAUUUUGUACAUAAUGCCAAUGUCAAAUCAAAUCUUUGUGACACUUAAUGUCGAUGAACCAGGAAAAGCAACACAGAAACUCGAAUUUGGAGAACUUAUCGAAAAUGCAAAAGUCAUCAAACAAACAUCGAGUGGAGUUUUAUUGAAAUUAAAUUCAAAUGAUCGAGGUUUUCUUCCUCGUCGUGUGAUUGUGAAAAAUCUUAAGAAUAAUUUCGAUAUUGAUUCAGUGUUGAUUAAAUAUUCUCCGAAUUCAACUCAUGUUGUUCGUGUGAUGGACUUUAGUUCCUUUGAGAAUUGUUAUCUUUGUACCAACGACGGGAAAUUUCUUCAUGAAAAACAUUUUGGUGUCAAUGACAUUGAAAUUGGCGAUUUAGUUCAAGGAAGGAUCGAGGAAAAAGUGAAAGAAGGAUUUCGAUUAAAAAUUGGAAAUCUUCGAGCUUAUUUGCAAGGAAAUUUCUUAAAUAAAUCAUCAAAGUUGAGUGUUGGAAAUGAAAUUCGUGUUCGUGUUGCUGAAGUCGAUAACGAAGCGAAAUUUCUUCAAGUCACAAACUUGCCAGGAUUUCUUAAAGAUUCAGCAAGAAUUCUUCGAGUCAAGAAUCAAAUUAAAGUUGGAGAAUCAUUUGCAGGUCUUGUGAUGCAUGAAAAUGAGAAAUCUUAUGGAAUUUUGUUCUUUAAUCACAUCAAAGGAUUCCUCCCACGCACACCUGAGAACGAAUCGGAUAUUGUGAGUCUUGGUGGAUUAAAAGUAGGCGCAAUCAAACAUUUUGAAAUAAAAUAUGUUAAAAACGAACGAAUUACUUUGUCGCUACCGAAAAAAGUUGACACAGCGAAUUUGGGAAAGAUUUUUGAAUGCAAAGUCACGGCAGUUCUCCCCACAGGACUUCAAAUCUUUAUCGACAAUUUGAAAGUUUAUGGAAAAGUUCCAAUAAACUUUUUAUCAGAAUUUUCUGUUCUUGCUCCGCUCAUUCACAGUAAAAUGAAGGAAAAUGACAAAUUUGAAGUUGUGGCUAUGGGAAAUAACAUUUACAGUCGUCGUGAUGUUGAAUAUUAUCGAACGAAUCCUGUCACCGACUUUAAAGAUGUUAAUCCUGGCGAUAUUCUCAGAUGUUUCGUUAAAUCAUCUGAUGCUGAAAACAUCGAACUUGACUGUCCAUUAAAGAACUUUAAUCAAACAAUACAAUUGAAUCGAAAUGCUUUCGAUGACCCAGAAAAUGUGGACGACGUUAAAGUCGAUGACAUUGUUUAUGUCAGUGUAAUAGCAAAGAACGAAAGUCAUCGAAAUUCUCUUUACGUUUCACCAUCCUUGAUCAAAGUCUGGAACAAUGACGUUGAAUCUUCGCUAGAUAUUGUGAAGAGUUACUUAAACGACACGAAAUAUUUGCUGGAAAAAUUUAAAAACUCUGAAAAAUCGAUUGGAAAAUUCAAGAUUGGAGAAAGAAUUGGGGGAAAGAUUAAAAACAUUAUCGCAAAUAAUUUGGUGAUUGAAGUUGAUGACGAAGUGUUUGCACAAGGACCAGUUGACAAUAUUCAAUCUUACAAGAUUGGUGGAUCAGUUAAAGACGCUGUCAUUGUGUGGAUUGAUCCUGUUCAGAUGAUUAUUCAUGUGACACUCAAAGAUAAACAUCGAGAUGACAUAAGUGUUGAUCAAAAAGCUGAUGUGAGUUUAGUGAACGAAAAGAAACACAAAUCGACGAUUGUUUACUUUAACAACUACAUCACCGUUUGUACAAUGAGAAAAGCAGGAAUGCCGUUGAUUUAUACACCUUCGAAGCUUCAUUACAACGAUUUUCAAGCGACAAAUAAUCGUGUGCUUGGUAAUGCUACAAGCAAAUUAAUCAUCAAGAAAAUGUUUGAUGGAAAACUUCUCGGUGGUUUCGUUCAACAUCACAAAGUUUUUCAGAAACUGGAAAGAUUCAAAACUAAACUCAAACGAAAGAUUGAUGACAAUAAUGUUUCUUCAACAUCAUUUUCAACAACAUCAGAGAAUAAGAAACCAAAAGUCAUUCUAGACGCCUCUGAGAGCGAGGAAGAAAACGAAGAAGAAAGAAAAACUGAAACAGAGUCUGAAGAUGAAAAGCCAAAAGUUUCUCAAGCAUUUCAAAGGUUCAAUGAAUCUUUCUCAAUGAGAGGAAGAAAAUUGAGUAAAUCUUUCAAAGGAACAUUAACGAAAACGAAAUUAAAGCUGACGUCUGUCAACAAGCGAAAUCUUCAAAACAAAGAUUCAAUUUUGAAUGAAAAUUUAGUUAAUUUGGUUUCUUACAAGUCAAUCAAAGAGGGAGAAACUUCGGAUGUCAUCAAAAAACCGACAAAACCGAUGAUGAAGAAGUCAACAAUAGGCAAAAAAUCAAAACCCAAGCGACUCUUGAAAAGAAAAUAA